AUGAAUAACAUAGCCAAACGGGUAGCAAAUAACAGAUCUGGAUGUGGAAUAAAAUGUGACAUUUUGGAAAAAUGGUCAACGACAAACCAGAUGACUGUACAACCAUUAGAGACAGGCUUGCCAGAGGCUACGAUGGGGGCUGAAUUCAAAGAUGGAUCUUUGGUGCUUGGUCUGCCUUUGUGGGGAAGAGCUCUUGUUGCAAGCCAGGAAAUGGACAAGAGAAAUCAAUCAACAAUCACAGAAUUUCUCCUCUUGGGAUUUGGAAGCCUCCACAACCUCAAGAUUUUAGUUUUUACUUUCGGUUUGAUAGUCCACAUCAUGGCUUUGACGGCAAAUGUCCUGGUAAUUGUCCUGGUUGUGGUCACCAAGAGCCUCCACUCCCCCAUGUAUUUCUUCCUUAGCCAGUUGUCCUUGUCGGAGAUCCUGUUCACCAGUAACAUUGUGCCCAACAUGUUAUGGCUGAUACUGAAGGGAGGAGGGAAAGUAUCGGUCUUUGGAUGUUUAUUUCAACUGUACCUAUUAGCUACUCCAACAGUUGCCCAGUGCUUGUUGUUGGCAGCCAUGGCCUUUGAUCGGCAUGUUGCCAUAUGUAGACCAUUACACUAUGCCACAAUUAUGACCUUCACACAUCAGCUUCAGGUAGUCACCUCCUGUUGGUUGGUGGGAUUCACCCUGGCCUUCUUAAUAUACAUUUCAUUGAGCAAGCUAAAAUUUUGUGGCUUCAACACCAUCAACCACUUCUACUGUGACAUUGCUCCCCUUCUACAAUUGUCCUGCUCCAGUACUUCCUCUGUAGAACUAGUCACCGCUCUGAUAGCAUUUACCAUUGUUUGGUCACCAUUUAUGUUCAUCAUAGUCACCUACAUUUCCAUAAUUCAGACCAUCCUCAAUAUUCCCUCCAGCACUGGAAGACAUAAAGCCUUCUCCACCUGCAGCUCCCACCUGAUCAUUGUGUGCAUGUACUACGGGACACUGUCAUCCAUUUAUAUCUUCCCACCAAGAGAUAAUUCCAUAAAUCUGAACAAAGGUCUAUCUGUUCUAUACACACUGGUGACUCCAUUGUUUAACCCUCUAAUCUACAGCUUGAGAAACCAGAACAUUAGAGGAGCCAUUUUUAAAUAUAUUCAAUAUUUGAGGCUGUGGAAAGCAAAGGACACGUAG